AGGGUGCAAUGGAAGAAAAAGGAAAACCAGUCACACACAGUUUGGUGUAAUGUCUUGUCUCCUUUUCACCACAACAAGGCUUCAUCUUCAAAGUGGGGGAUUGAAAGUGACGAAAUAAGAACCUUGUCUCAACUGCAAAGCCACCAUCAAGCUUUGAGGUCAAUUUGGACAUCAACUCAAGAUUGAGACUUUUACCCUUCCCCCACAUUCCAUGGAAGAGCCACCCCCACAAAACCCGUCAAAGAAAUGCAAGUUCCUCCUGGUUUCAACUCUCAAAGAUGCC